AUGUCGAAUGCUCUGCAAGGAGAAGUGGCCAACGGAUACUGUUUUGUCAAGCAUCCCGCGAACGGUCUUGAGUCGGCAUAUAAGGAAUUACUAAUCAGAGCCUAUUCCUCCAGCAAGGGCGCUCUUGCCAGAGACGGCCAUUGGAGGUGGCCUAUCGUUAUGUCAAACCUUAAGCAAGUGACCGAACUGGAAGAGAUACUUGCUGGCGGGGUCUAUGUGGAAGGUGGUUCGUGUCCACGAGUGCGUGAGCUUUUUGCACUUGAAUGUGAGAACGGACCAUUCGCCAGUUGUGGAAUUUACGUCUGGGGUGGUUCCGUGGUGUAUGUCGCACGACACCACAAAGCGAAACGACAAACGAACCGCGAGUUUUAUGUCGUUCGCUUCCUGCCAGCCAGGUUAAGCCGGGCUAUGUACUUGUACUUUGUCUAUAUCCGGAGAUUGGCCAAUUUAUUACGUCGAGAACAGGUUGGGUACUCUGAGAUUGCUCAGAAACACUCAGAGGAACGAAACGCUCAGAGGAACGAAACGCUCAGAGGAACGAAACGAACGGCUUCUCUUUCAUGUGAAUGGAAAGGCUUGGUCCUGGACCCUUGCUUGCCGGGCCAAUUAUAUGCUGCUAAAUCAGCCGUAAGAACGGUAGUUGACUCCACAGGGCGUUCCGAAUCUCGUGACAGCGGCGCAGAUAGAAAUGCUGUAUUUGCGUGGCAAAGCGGACAUCGUCCAUUGCAACGGGAGACCAACUACGGCCUCAACGGAGCCUAUCCGUUUCGGCUUCAACCAGCACUCUUGCGUGUUUAUGAGUGG